AUGUCUCGCGAAGGGUUUCAAAUUCCAACAAAUUUAGACGCUGCAGCUGCAGGUACCUCUCAAGCUAGAACAGCAACUUUGAAGUAUAUUUGUGCUGAAUGUUCUAGUAAAUUAUCUUUGUCCAGAACUGAUGCUGUCCGUUGUAAGGACUGUGGCCACAGGAUCUUGUUGAAAGCUAGGACUAAGAGAUUGGUUCAAUUUGAAGCCAGAUGA